AGAUACUUCAUUUAAUCUAAUAAAUCUGUAAGACCGAGUUUACAUAUUUAUAGAACGAAGGUACAUUUGGAAACUUACCAAACGCGAUCAGCUGUUACAAAUGAUGGUCACUGCAUCGCGGAACAAUAUCAACAGACAAAUUCUGCCCGAUUUGAUUUGCCGUAAAAAGUAGUGCGUAAAAACUGGACCACAUUUUCAUUUGGAACUUUCAUGUCACAAACAUCACUGAGCUUAAUAAGAGACAAGGCUCUUUCAAAAACGAGGCGCGAAAUUUACGAUUAUUAUAUAAAGGUGAACAGUGUGUGUAAAGCAAAGACUUAUUGGUUGUGCAUGGUACUUGAUAAUUCAUAAACAAAAGAAGGAUUUUAUUCUAAAACAUGACAAUGAAGUUCGAUGAAAUAUUAGAGAAACUUGGACAAUUUGGAAUAUAUCAGAAGAAAGUGUUCGGCAUGCUAGCAUUUCCAGCUGUCAGUAUCGGAAGCUUCUGCUUUAUGGUGAUCGUUGUUCUAUAUACACCUCAUCACAGAUGUAAGAUUCCAGGGUUAGACAAUGACACAUACGAAAUCCAGGGCCAGUUCCACGAGGAUCUUCUCAAUAAAACUAUUCCGCUGUCAGCCGAUCCAACCUUGACCUACGACCAAUGUCGCAUGUACGAUACCGGAAAUGCACUGUUAGACUUAAGCAGACGACAAUCCAAUGCAACUCUUGUGAAGUGUACGGAAUGGGUAUACGACAAAUCGGUGUUUUAUGAGACAUUUACAUCAAAGGCAAACUUCGUGUGCGAUGACGCCCUGAAGACAUCACAUAUACAGAUGUUCUUUUAUUUUGGUGUGUUGGUCGGAGAUUUUGUCCUAGGAAUGUUUGCCGACUCACUUGGAAGAAAGAAAGCAUUAUGUCUCGCACUUGCCCUUCUGUUGGUCGUAUCGGCGUCUGUCACGUGGGCCCCUGAGUUUUAUUCAUUUGCCAUUCUUCAAUUCCUGGUCGGAGCCUUUGCACAUGGAGCUUUCAUGUGUAUGGCCGUAUAUUGUAUGGAAAUUGUGGGUGUAACAAGCCGGGUAUGGACGGGUAUGUUCCUACAGAUAUUCUUCGGUGUUGGCGCGAUCUACCUUGCUACCGUGAGCUUUCUUGUCAGGGAUUGGAUCUGGAUUAAUGCUGCAUGUGUCAUACCAUGUCUAUUUUAUCUUGCUUUCUGGUGGUUGAUUCCAGAAUCACCCCGAUGGCUUAUCAGCAAAGGGAGGAGGCGAGAAUCCGUAACAAUUAUUCGUAAAGUAGCAGACGCUAAUAAAGUUUCCCUACCUGACUCCAUGUUAGAGGUGAAGGAAGAUGAUAAAGGAACGCAUGGCAACUUAUGGCACGUGAUCACGAGUCCCGUGCUCUUGAAAAGAACGCUCAUUUUAUCUUUUGAUUGGAUGAUAGUGAGUAUGACGUAUUAUGGCGUCACAAUGAACAGUGGUAAUCUCGGCGGGAGCUUCUUUCUAAACUUCCUGUUGAUGGGUGUGGCUGAGAUACCAGGCUACCUGGUGGGUAUAGCCCUCCUAGAUAGAGUAGGUCGACGCUGGUGUAAUGCUGGUGGUCUACUGGUCGGUGGUCUAGCUUGUAUUGCAACAGUUCCAACAGUUUUACUGGGGAAUUCAGAUUUACAAUGGUUGACGGUUGCUUUGGCACUAAUAGGGAAAGCUGGAUCAUCUUUGGCGUUUGGUGUUGUUUUUAUAUUUACCGGUGAACUUCUUCCCACUGUUGUCAGAAACGCUGCCAUGGGCACGUGCUCGUGUGCUGCACGUGUUGGUGCCAUGCUUGCCCCUUAUAUAGCCAAAUCGGGCGAGAUGAUAGGUGGUGAGUUUGGUCAAAUAGAACCACUGGUUGUGUUCGGGGGUCUUUCAAUAGUAGCUGGCCUUUUGCUGCUUCUUCUACCAGAAACGUUGAACCAAAAAUUACCGGAUACCAUAAAGGAAGGAGAGGAGUUUGGAAGAAAAUCUAUACCACCGUAUGAUAUUGAACUAGAAAUCGAAGCACCGUUUAUUAUAAAGGACGCCAACACCAAACCCGUGUGUAAUGGAGUGUAGACCCUGUACUUGUGCAAGGAUUGGACAUAAACGAUGAAAAUUUCAUAUACCGAAAUAAAACCAUUCCGUCCUAGUACAGCAUUUAUACAUGGCUCAGUAUUAUCAUUGCUCAGUGAUAUUGCCGUUUUUCCCAUUUUUAAUAGAUAUUCCAUUUUGUACAUACUUAUAUAUACAUUGUAUGUAUAUAUGGUUAUAUUUUUUAAAACCCUGAAGGGUUUAUAGUUUACUCAAGUCAAUUGUGUUGUCAUUUUAAAAGCACACAAAUCGUUACAUAUGAGCUUAUUUUAAAGUUAUGUCCUUUGACAUAAAAAAUCUUCUUUUUUUAAUUUAGCAUACGGACAAACCAGCGUGAAUGGUAACAUAGCCUCAAAUGAAAACAGAAGCAAAAUCGCUAGUGCCUUAUUGAGAAUAAAAGAACAACUCGGGCAUUAAAUAAUGUUGUCUUUUAUAAAAUAGAAAACAAUUUAAAUGUUUUCUAUUUUGCACUUUACUGAUAUAAAUACAUGUAUCUCAUAACUUCAUAUUUUUUCAUUCGAAUGAAAAUGCUGGAUACUAUUUUGUUAAAAUAUCAAGAUUGUUGAUUCAUUUUUCAUAUAUUAGUCGUUUGAAGCAUGCUUCCAUUUAUUUCAAAUACUUUUAGUACUUUCAUACAGUAUCGCAUGUCAAAUCUACUCCAUAUCAUGAGUGUUUAUAUUCUUUCUAAUAUCACACAAUUAUGUUUCAUGGUUUAGAGGUUCAUUUAUUGACAAGUUACUGUUAAAUUGUAUAGAUAUAAUAAAUUUGUAUACUUGCUUA